AUGAAAAUUUUCCGGAAUGUUCUUCUGCUUCUUUGCCUUUUGGCUAUCUGCAAGUCGGAUCCGACUCGCAUUCAUAUGAAGUUCCGCUGUGAUCCACGUAUCUUCAUGUGGUGCGGAAAUCUAAUUGUCUAUGAGCAGAACGAUUCAUAUCGUCUAGACAUAAUGACCAACGAAACCUUCUGCAAAACAGGUGGUACAAAGGAAUUCAAUUAUGAAAUUUCGAAAGGAGGAGAUAAAUUUCCGAAAUACCGAUGGUGGUAUCAGUUGAGUCACGACUGUUCCUCUACCUUAGGAACUCGCUGUCUGUCACCAAGAGGAACGUAUGACACCCCUGUCGAAGGACUAGGCCGUGUUGAAAUCGAUGAAGAUGUUUUUAACAGAGGAUACACUGGCGGCCCCUGCCUCGUUCCUUCCGAACCUAGGACCAUGAUUUCCAUGAAUGGUUCAAUUUCAGAUGAAGAAGUGAUUUUCAAACGAUAA